GUAUCCUCGAAAGCUAGCUAAAGUGGGUUCUAGACAAAGUUCUCCUAAGCAGGGCGGAAGGAAAAACAAGAGCAGUAUAGCUCUACAUUACGCUUCGGGGGCCUCGUCUUACUCACUCACCUUCUACUAAUCGGACCGUGACAAAACAACCAGCCCAGCAAUAGGCAAGGACUGGCUGAAAUCCCUUUCUGGAUCCAGUCUAUCCGUAUCUGCUGUCCCUUCCGCUUUCUGUGUUGAUGGAGCUCGGUCAGAUAGUUCCGGUAUUGCGAAGGAGGGCAACGCAUUGGGAUCGUCCAAUCCCUUCUGAUCGGUUGUCAUAUUGAAUUGAAAAUUCUCGUAUAGUAAGAGUUCCUUCGGUUUCCUACCUAGCACAUUCUCUGUUGUCUACGCCAAUAUUUGACCUGCGAGUAGAGUGUGGCUGGCUACAUACGGGGGAACUCAACCUACCUUUCGAAGGGUAGACCUUUACAGAUGAGUGAAACGAGGAUUUAGGUAUAUAAGGAGACGACCCGCCAAGCGAGCCAGCCUGAUACCGACUUUCAUUGAUAGGCCAUGAAACAUAGAGAAUGGGAACUUGUUCGCACGUACCUCGACCGCAGGUCUGAGAAUGACGAGUGUGCUUUCGCCCACAGCUUCUGUUGCUUAACCGGCUCGUGGUGUUUAUGGUCCUGACCCGGUACAGCCGCUAAGCUCAUUUUUCAUUUCCAAGUGUUGUUACUAGCCUCGAGAGAGAUGUUUCACAGGAUUCACCUGCAACUGAUAAACCAGGGGGAUAAUACCGAAACAGUCCUUUUUUUUUCUGAUCAUAGAGGAGCCGUAUGAAGCUAAGGUUUCAUGUACGGUUUUGCAAUAGCGGUGGGAGCUGUGAUGUUAUUAUCGACUAUGAUUAUCUAACAGUUCAAGUACAGUUGAUAUAGUAGAAGCACAGCCAAAAUAUGGUUUUUUUUAUGGAAUCUUUGGCGUCAGCCUAUAGGCUUUCUAGUUUUUAGAAUUUCUUCUUUGGCCGAAUGUGAAAGAUUACCCAGAGGGGGAAUUAGUUGCAGGUUAUCAAACCGAAUAUUCCGGUAUCAAAUAUGGUUUCUUUUUUCUUGUUUCUUACUUAUCCUUAUUAGUUUCCUCUUUAUUUGUAACAGUUCUUUACUUAGGCGGGUGGAAUUUCUCUAUUCCCUACAUAUCCACGAUUCUCCCAGUGUAGGAAUCACACUAGUUAUCUUGACCUUGAUUCGGUCAAGCAGUUUUUCCUUACUAUACUCCAGUACGAACAGGAAAAGAAUCUGUGUACUCAACGGUGCAUUAGUAAUUAUCUGGGAUUUCUUUUGCUCUUUAAAGCAAAACGGUGUCUUGACUCUCAAGAAUAGUGCGUGUUAAUAUCCAUGUAGAUAAAGAUAGAGAUAGCAACGAACUGGAUGCAUAGUAAAACUCAAAACUUGUGACUUGUUCUCGUAGGCUAACUAACCAAAUCAUAGGAUCUAACACGAGACCGGAUAAACACCGCGCCCCCGCCGCGUCUAUCUAUAUAAGCUAAUCCCUCGACCUCAACCGACUCCCAAAUCUCAAUUGCUUUGGCUCUCUCUCUCCCUCCCUUUCGCCGCGUGCGCCGUCCAAUCCAAACCAAUCCCAAGUCCCCACCCGCUCGCGGCGAGCAAAGCAAGAUGAUUUCCCCGGACGCGGCCCGCAACGUCGUCGGCAAUGUCAUCUCCUUCGGCCUCUUCCUCUCCCCUGUGUAAGCCGCCGCCGCCAUCCCCCUCGUCCGCUUGUCUAGUCUACUCUCUAUGGAAGGUGGUUGGUAAUUAGGGUUUGAUUCUGAUGAGGGGGCGCUUGCUUUUUGCUUGUACAUGUGCAGGCCGACGUUCUGGCGAAUCAUCAAGAACAAGGACGUGGAGGAGUUCAAGUCGGACCCGUACCUAGCGACGCUGCUCAACUGCAUGCUCUGGGUGUUCUACGGCAUCCUCUGCGUCAUAUUCGGCUCGGCAAUGUACGCCUCCCCGCUCACCAUCAUGGGUAAAGUGAUCAAGACCAAGAGCGUCGAGUACAUGCCCUUCUUCCUGUCGCUGGUGAGCUUCCUCAACGGCGUCUGCUGGACGUCCUACGCUCUCAUCAAAUUCGACCUCUACGUCACGGUCAGUAAUAUCUCCAUCUUCAGGUUCCAACCAAAUCUUAUAUAACUUGAGAGUGUCUCUCUAACCGUGCCGGCUCUUGUCUUCGUUCGUGCACUGCAGAUCCCCA